AUGACCAACUCCAACUUGAAGUCUACUGCGCCGGCACUCGCCACGCAGAAGAGAAAGAUCAUCAUCUUCUCUGAUUUCGACGGCACGAUCUUUAUGCAAGAUACAGGCCAUAUCCUCUUCGACAACCAUGGCUGUGGUGCUGAGGCUCGAAACAAGCUUGAUGAGCAGAUUAAGUCUGGCGAGCUCUCAUUCCGCGAGGCCUCCGAGGAGAUGUGGGGCUCGCUGCAUGUCCCCUUCGACGACGGCUUCGUCGUCAUGGAGAAGUCUCUCGAGAUCGAUCCGGGCUUCCGCGAGUUCCACCAGUAUUGCAUAGACAAUGGUUUCCCCUUCAAUGUGAUCAGUGCCGGUCUGAAGCCCGUCCUGCGCCGGGUGCUGGAUACAUUCUUGGGUGAGAAGGAGGCCGCCGCAAUCGACAUCGUCGCCAACGACGCAAUCAUCAAACCUGACGGCUCCGAAUGGAAGCCCAUCUGGCGCCACGACACCGAACUAGGCCACGACAAAGCCCUCUCGGUGAACGAGGCCCGCGCCAAAGCCCAAGCCGAAUGCCUGCCCGACGAGAUGCCACUCAUCGUCUUCAUCGGCGACGGCGUCUCCGACCUGGCAGCUGCCCGCGAGGCGGACGUCCUCUUCGCACGCCGCGGCCUGCGCCUCGAGGAGUACUGCAAGGAGCAUAACAUCACCUACACCCCCUUCGAUACUUUCUCCGACAUCAAGCGCGAGAUCGAGGCGAUCAGCCGCGAGGACCAGUCGAAGACUGGUGGUGUUGGCAAGCCGGUGCGGUACAACCCGCGCGCCAACAUGUGGCGGCGCAUCUCUUCUAAGGAGGCGGUGCCAACUCUGAUGGCUGCCGCGACGCCUUCCAAGGAAGAGAAGAUGUUCCUCUGGCCGGAGACCUUUUCCGACUACAAGCCCCAGACGAUUCAGGAGAGGGAUGAAUUCUCCGCAGCUGCUUAA